UGAUUCGAACGUGUAGAGAGGAGUAGACGUCUCCUUGCAAGAACUUUGUGUACGUGUUCGAACACGAAAUUAAAAAGUUUUUGCUUUAAUGCAAAGUGUAAGACACUAGUUUGUAGUGAUGUAAUUAACUAAAAAACUAACUUAGAUUAUAUCUUGUGUAAAAGUAAUAGAUUUUUAAGAAUUUUUAGCCGAAGAAAGUGUUAAGUGUUGCGAAGAUGUGUAAAUUCCUGGUUUCUGGUUUUGUUGUAAUAUUUUUCGUGAAUCUAUGUGAUGCUAUCAAGGAGCGAUGCAACCAGCAAGAAGAUCUCUUGCAAAGGUGUUCCAUGGCCCUCCCCGUGCUGAGCUCGAGAGAGAUAUCGUUCGCACUCACACAAGAGGAAUUAGACAAAAGUUGUGUUGAACUGCGCUCCGGGAUAAGAUGCAUAGACAAUUACACGACCGUCUGUAUGGAGAAGCACGAGCAAGUCGUGUUCAGGCGGAUAUACUCUGGGAUUACUGACGUGGUGCAGGACUUGUGUACCCGCGGGAAGUACCAGGACGAGUACUUGAAGCAUGCUACUUGCGUGAAGCACGUCAGGCCAGAGUAUGAGAAAUGCAGCAAGCGGUACGAAGUGACGCUGACCACUCUCAGCGAUUCUCACAAGACAGAGCAGUAUCAAACUGAUCAUGAUAACUCGGCGAGUCACGAAGAUUAUCUGCGCACUGUUUGUUGUUCAUUCCAAGAGUACUUGAGGUGCUCCGAGCAAACCGUGCAGAGCUCGUGUGGCGACGACGCCGCCCUCUUCACCAGUGCGUUCCUGAAACGAAUGGCUUCCAAUAUUAUCAAGAACUUUUGCCUGGAGUACCGGGGCCACGAGUGUGGGCUACCAGACAAAGCUACAAGCAGCAAUUACAGCCUGGUGCUGGUCACUGUCGCUGUAUUCGGGAACCUACUGGUCUACCUAUCUGGUGCGUUAGUUCCCACGUAAAUCGCAACGAGUUUAGGUAAAGUAGAACGCUGUAGCGGGUAAAAACUUAAUAUUGUUCCAGAAGUGGUUGCGUGGUGCAACGAGCA